UCAUAAGUGUCGGCCAUUACAGCCACACAACACAACAACAAACGCUGCCAAACUGGGAAUUAUGCUACCCUAGACUCAAGUAUUUGUUAAAAGACAAUAUUAGCCUACUCCAGAUAACGUUGAAUGCAUCAGGGGUUUCAGACCGCUGACGUGAAGAGUAGUGGAUCUUUCAGGCUAAAUCAGCAUCUCAGUGAAAUGUGCCAGUCAGCUGACCGGGAGAGCUCAGUUCGUCCUGAGGAUACGCUGAUGGUAACACUUACCCAGUUUUUGAACGCGGCGGGGAUGUCAAUGGUAUGAGGAAACCAUGGGAGCUAUCAUACUAAUUAGUCGGUCUGUUAGUGUUUAGUAUCUUAUUAAUCAGUAGUUUGCACUUUUGGGUGUUAAAGGGAAAACUCGACAUCAUGUCUGAUAGCCCGUCUUCCUUACACGUCUGUCGACGUCUAAGUUAUGCGGUAGGACAUUUUUUAAACGAUUUAUGUGCGUCUAUGUGGUUCACAUACCUACUGGUGUAUUACCACUCAGUGCUAGGUUUUAACAACACAUAUGCCGGGGUGCUGCUUUUAGUCGGACAGAUCGCAGACGGAUUCUGUACGCCGCUGAUUGGUUACGAAUCGGAUCGUACAGCGGGAUGCGGGACUUACGGGAAAAGGAAAUCAUGGCACCUGGUCGGCACAGUGAGUGUGUUGGUGUCAUUUGCUUUCAUCUUUAACCAGUGCUUUGGCUGUGAUGGCAGCACACCACAGUGGGCCAGCCUCAUAUACUUCCUUCCCUUCAUCGUCAUCUUCCAGUUCGGCUGGGCGGCCACUCAGAUCUCCCACUUGUCUCUCAUCCCUGAGCUAGUGUCUUGCCAGUAUGCCAAGGUGGAACUCACCGCCUUCAGGUAUGCCUUCACAGUGGUGGCGAACAUCACUGUCUACGCCACAGCCUGGGUGCUCUUCAACCUGCAGACUGGACAGGCAGAGAGCGACACAGACAGUCUGGGUCCUGCCGACAUCCCUGUUUUCAGAAACUUGAGUCUGGUGGUGCUGGGCAUUGGGGCUUUCACCUCACUCCUCUUCCACCUGGGCACUCAUGAGAAGAUCAAUGCUGCUGUUGACUCUGAGCCGGGCGAGCGGCAGCCCCUCCUCAACACUCCCAGACCUCCCAGUGCCAGAAUGCAGUGGAAACACUGGCUUCUGGAGCCGUCGUUUUACCAGGUGGCCUUCCUCUACAUGUCCACCCGGCUGAUAGUCAACCUCUCCCAGACUUACAUCUCCAUGUACCUCACCAACACUCUCAUGCUGCCCAAGAACUACAUCGCCACCAUCCCUCUGGUCAUGUAUGUCAGUGGUUUCGCCUCCUCCCUCAUCAUGAAGCCUUUCAGCAAGCUGAUGGGCAAAAGUAUGACCUACUUCACAGGCCUGCUGCUGAUUAUGGCGUUUGCCUAUUGGGUGCUGCUGGACAUCCAUAUGGGCCCGUCUGUGUAUGGGGCUGCUGUCCUGCUGGGGUCAGGAUCCGCCACCAUCCUGGUCAUGUCUCUCUCCCUCACUGCUGACCUCAUUGGGGACCAGACACAAAGUGGAGCGUUUGUGUACGGAGCAAUGAGUUUCACUGACAAGGUGGCCAAUGGUUUGGUGGUCAUGCUGAUCCAGGGCCUUCAUCCCUGCCACACACAGGUCUGUUGCCCUGCCUGUGUGUGGUACUACCACUAUGUGAUGGUUGGAGCGACGGGUGGCGUGGCUGUUGCUGCGUCAUUGUGUCUCUGCACCCUCCUCAUCUGGCCUGUUCGCCUUCGGAAUCCUGAUAAAGAACAACCCCUUUUCAACGAAUGUCAGUCCGGAUUGUCUGUCAUUAACGGUCUGAUGGGAACGGAGGGACAGGAACCUGAUGAAGUGUCUGAUCAGGCCUCAGUGAACUAACACUGAACAACUGGAAUCACUAAGGGAACAAGGGACUUUUGGGGAACCCCAAGCCAGUUUUUGUGUUCAAACUUGCAGUGCCUCUUUUCAGAAUGUCGUAUAUUUAAGUAUAGACACUUUUUAUUCUAGUAUUGUUUUUUUUAAAUCUUGAUUUCAUUAUUCUGUAAAUUGGAUCAUAGGUAAUCAUACAGAAAAAUCUAGAGUACAUUUUCAAAAAGGGAGAACUGACUGCUGAUCAGGAGAUUGUAACUGAGCACAUAUCUCUCCACUUCUUCUAUAUGGAAAUGAUGACCAGGCCACAUUGAGCAGUGAGAUUAAAACACAUGAACAAAGGGAAUCAAACUGCACAGCAGCACUUAGCUGGUGUUGCAGUUCAGUGUAUGUACAGUUAUGCUCAGAAAUACGUGACAAUCUGCACUUAACUAAAGGUUGUAAAAUAAAAAAAACAUUCCUUUAA